GCUUGGCUUGGGUUGAGUUAGGUGUCGUAUCGACCGACCUCACCGACCUGUAGCGUUUGACAGGUGGAUACCGUGUCUCAACGUUAAUAAGUGCCAAACGCAGAACGCGUAAAAGAUACUGGCGCUCCAAAAAUGUGGGAGAAACGUGCAUUUUUGUGUUACUUCGUUUUCACGAUUUUUUUCAAGUUUACCUGUUGCUAUGGCACCAAGAAGUACUCCUUAUUUAUGCCAAACGUAAGGCCGAACAAGCCCGAAUUAUAUUUGUGCACCCCGGUUAGGGUAGACUUUGCAAGAGAUUAUUAUAUUGUUGGUUUUGAGCCAAAUGCAACAAUGGAAACAGCUCACCAUAUGCUUGUCUAUGGUUGUACCAAGCCGGGUAGCACAAAGGCAGUUUGGAACUGUGGAGAAAUGGCGAAUGCUGAAAAAGAUCCGAACACUGCACCUGCUUGUCAAGGUGGAACUCAGAUCAUCUAUGCAUGGGCAAGGGAUGCUCCUAAAUUAGAUCUGCCACAGGGAGUGGGCUUUAAAGUAGGCGGUGAUUCUCCCAUACAGUUUCUUGUGUUGCAAGUACAUUAUGCACACAUCGAUCACUUUAAGGAUGGCAGUACAGAUGACUCAGGAGUAUUACUGCAUUAUACAACGCAAACAUUGGACAAACUCGCCGGGGUUAUUUUGUUAGGAACAGGCGGUUUCAUACCGCCUAGAAAAACAGUACAUAUGGAAUCUUCUUGCCCCAUAACAGAGAAUAAGACUAUUUAUCCAUUUGCAUAUAGAACGCACACCCAUUCCCUCGGGAAAGUCGUGUCCGGCUAUGUAGUGAAGCCGAAUAACGAAUGGAUCGAACUUGGUAAGAGAGAUCCAAUGACGCCUCAGAUGUUUUAUCCUGUUACGCACAGAGUUCCAGUUACAUAUGGUGAUAGAUUAGCUGCUCGCUGUACAAUGAAAAGUACGCGUGAUAGGAUUACGCUUAUAGGUGGAACAAAUGAUGAUGAAAUGUGCAAUUUGUAUAUUAUGUAUUAUGUCGAGAAUGACACUCCUCUUGAACGGAAAUAUUGCUUCACUUUAGGACCGCCUUCAUAUUAUUGGAAGCAAGAACUGAGUAAUAUUCCCGACAGAGAUGCAUCUACAUUACAUAAUUCACUUGAUACAGAAAAAUAAAUUGAUUUUAUGUUUUGAUAUAGAAAAUUAGAUAAAAUCUCCAAACGUUUUUGCAAAUUACACUUUUGAAUGCAUUUCAAUCUAAUUAGUGAGAUAGGGUCCAUAUUUGGGGACCAAACCGUCCUGAUAUAAUUUAUGAGAUUUUUUAAAAAUUAUUUAUUAUUUAUUAUUUCUAAUGCGGCAUUUACCGAUUUAAUUUAUUCUGCCAUUUUCCUUUUUUUAAUUUAAGCUACUAAAUUUUGAGAUUUUAUCUCGGCAAGAUGAGCGUCUAUUCAGUUUACGCACAAAUUAUUUCGAAUUUCCAACACUUUUUAAAGUAAUUUUAAGUAUUUUUAAAACUACUGUAAUUAGGGUAUAUUGUACUUACUUUACGUAAUUUGUUAAAAGACUCCAUAUCAAUUUGCAAUAUUGGAAUACCUCUUCUUGUCAAUUCUUAAACAAGACAUACUAUUAUUCAAAUUGCUAUUGCAAUCGCCGAUCAACUACAGGUGCAUAAUAUCUAAUUUUCACGAUCAAAGAAAUUUUAAAUUGACUAUUGUAAAUUUGCUUAUUAUUUAAUCAGUUAUUGUAUUGUGUUUCACGAUAUUCUUAACUGUGAAGAAUAUAUAUUCAAUCUUAAAACGCCAUGCAGAUGUGAUAUAAGAAGAUAAUAUUAAAUUUAGGCCUAGCGUUUCAGUUAAUAUUUAUUAUUAUAUACAUGUUAUUUGGAAAGAUUGGAGAAAUCAUCGCAGACUUUUGAACUUUAUGUACAUCCUGGUUUAUUUUAAUAAUUCAAACCAAUUCAUUGAGGGCCAAUUUAUUAUGAAGCAAUAGGUUGAAAUUUAGGAACCACUUGAUACGAAUAAUUCCUUGAUUAUAAACAAACAGAGCUAUUUAUGCUUUGUUAAUUAUAGUGUAUAUGUAUAUGUAUAUAUGUGACAAGAUUAUUUUCAAAUGUUACAAAGUCUUCUUAUUUUCUCAAGACUGUACAUAUAUAAUGCUCAGGAAUCUCUACUCCUGGAGACUGCGUAAGUGUUAAAUGAAGAGAUAUAGAUAUAAUUGUUCAGCGUAUUUUUUUCGCGAUAUCAUUUACGGAUAAUAUUUAUUUUCGACGAUGUAUAAAGACGCAAUAGUCUUUGAAAAGAAAUCUAAUUGUGAGAUAUGUAUUUCAAUAAACGACCUACGCAAAA